AUUUACUUAAAUAUCUAAUGAACGUCUAUUAUGAUUCAGCUGCUGGCAUUUCUGUCUGUGACGUGGCUGGUGCAGUAAGCACAAGCAGAAGAGCACUUAGAGGAGAAAAGAUACCUGAGAGUGAUUUUAAAACCCUUCCCAAUGGCUUAAAGUAUUAUGAUUUGAAGGUUGGGGGUGGAGCAGAAGCUGUGAAGGGAUCUCGAGUUGCAGUCCACUAUGUUGCUAAAUGGAAGGGCAUCACUUUUAUGACAAGUAGACAGGGACUUGGGUGCUGUGGUGGCCUCCCUUAUGGAUUUGAUGUUGGUCAAUCGGAGAGGGGCACAGUCCUCAAAGGAUUAGAUUUAGGUGUUCAAGGCAUGAAAGUAGGAGGCCAGCGAGUGCUGAUAGUUCCUCCUGAGUUAGCUUAUGGAAGCAAAGGGGUACAGGAAAUCCCUCCAAAUGCGACAAUUGAGUUGAAUGUUGAACUACUGGCCAUCAAACAAAGCCCGUUUGGGUCUCCAGUUAAAAUUGUUGAAGGAUAACUCAAUUAUGUUCUGCUACCACUGGUCAUUUGGUGUACCAAGAACAGAAGCCAACUACAUUCCACGAAAUUCAUAUAGUACCUUGUUUUACUUCAAAGUGGACCAUCAGGCUGCUUUUCAUUUGUUGCUGGAGUGGAAAAAUGUGCCCUAGUACAUUGAUAUCAUACUAUUCAUAUUAUGAAAUCAGAAGCUUAAUUCCGUAUAAUUUUAAGAUUUUAGUAUCUCACCAAAUAAUAACAAAUUUUAUUUUAAGGGGUAGACAGACAUGAAUAACAAAGUGGAUGGAAAAUUAUUUAAAGAAUGUAAAAGACAUCCAACAAAUAGACUUAAAAUAAUGAAGUGUAUGGAGUUGUUUGUUGCUUCAGCUUGAAGUGUGUUUUCAGUAGCAGCUAUCUAAUUUUCAAUUUUUGCAUGUCCUCAGAAAGUAAUACGCAUGGUGAUAUGUAACCUGUUUUACCUGAAAUGUAGAGCACACUUGUACAUAUAUUUAUAAUUUCUUAUUCAUUAGUGUUCA